AUGGAGAUGAAGAAUAGUUUGAAGAUAGAAAUAACCUCCACAGAGAUAAUAAAGCCUUCAUCUCCAACACCUUCAACCCACCAACACCACAAACUUUCAUUUCUUGACCAAUUUGCCCCCGGCAGCUACACUCCUCUCCUCUUCUUCUACCCCGGUCACGCCGACCACCGCGACCGGUGUCGGAAAUUGAAGGAAUCUCUCGCUGAAACCUUGAGCCGUUUCUAUCUUCUUGCCGGCACUCUGGUGGAGGCUUAUUUGGUGGAGUGUAACGAUGAGGGCGUGGCGUUUUCUGAAGUGAGAGUUUCCGGUCGGUUGUCAGAAGUUAUGGAGAAUCCAAAUGACUUAGUUUCGUUGCAUCGGCUGCUACCAUUUCACCCUGAUGCUGUUCUUGAAAGGGAGUGUAUUUUGGGUGUUCAAUAUAAUGUUUUUGAGUGCGGUGGUGCUGUGAUUGGUCUUUGUGUUACUCACAAGAUUGUCGACGGUACCUCCGCCACCAUGUUCACUAAAGCUUGGGCUUCCACUUGUCGUGGAGACAGCCGUGAGUAG